CUUGACCCAGGAUUCCUAUCCACGGAGGACGCUGUGCUGCCAGGAAAUCUGGGGCUGAAGGACCAGGCGAUGGCCCUCCGUUGGGUCAAGGACAACAUCCGUGACCUCGGCGGCGACCCGGACAAGGUCACCAUCUUCGGGGAGUCAGCUGGGGGGGCGUCGGUGCACUUCCAUAUCCUUUCUCCGGGGUCAAAGGUCAGCCUGUUCGCCCGCGCCAUCCUGCAGUCCGGCUCGGCCCUGUGUCCCUGGGCCACGGCCGCCAACCACGCCAAGAUGGCCAUCGAAGUCCUGCAGAAACUGAACUGCUCCGACGCCUCCUUCCCGCCCCUCGACAGCCAAGGACUCCUGAGGUGCCUGCAGGAGACGCCCGUGCACGUCCUGCUGGAGCUGCCCACCAAGGACUCCUGA